AGCCAUUUUGGUCCCACCUAAAACAGCCUUCACUCCGGCCCCGAGGAGAUGGGAGAAACCGAGCCGGCGGCGAGUGUUUCACCCCCCUGGACCUGGAAAACCCCUCUCCCAGACACCCACCACUGACACUCGAUGCCAUAUAUAUUUUAUAUUUUUUUCCUAAAGAGAUUGUUUUUGUGGGGGGCAGAAAAGCCCUCGGUGGUUGUUGUAAGUGAGCCCGACUGCGCCCUGGCGUUAGUUUAGUGAUCAAACUCACACCCGAGCCCGCACUGAUUCCCUCUGCCUGCUUUAGUGGGAGCCCAGGCCGGUAUCAGUGUACAUGCGUCAUGUGAAUGCUGAAAACGAGCUUCUUUUUCUCUCCAGUCCGUUUUUUUUCCGCUCUCCAGCAGCUCAGGUGGGGGAUUCUGUCACGUCCGGUCUGCUUUGGAAACAGUCACGAUCCAUGCUGUUUCCCCAGAGAAACCUGCUCAGAAAAGAGAUCACUUUAUUCCCCCGGUGUUGGACUAAAGGCUGUGGACACCAGAGCACCACUGGUUAAGGAGAAAUAGACAAGAUGUCAACAAAAACUCCUCUCCCGACGGUCAACGAGAAGGUGACGGAAAGUCACACGUCUCACAGCAAUGGGCGCACAGAGCUGGGCACGCGCUCGGGCCGGACCGGCGUCCGGGCCCGCAGCAACGACGAGCCCCAGCAGCCCCACGUAGGAAACUACCGGCUGCUGAAGACCAUCGGCAAGGGAAACUUCGCCAAAGUGAAGCUGGCACGGCACAUUCUCACCGGCAGAGAGGUGGCGAUUAAGAUAAUAGACAAGACACAGCUGAAUCCCAACAGCCUCCAGAAGCUCUUCAGGGAAGUCAGAAUAAUGAAGAUCUUGAAUCACCCUAAUAUCGUCAAGCUGUUUGAAGUGAUUGAGACGGAGAGGACGCUCUACCUGGUGAUGGAGUACGCAAGUGGAGGAGAGGUAUUUGAUUACCUGGUUGCACAUGGAAGAAUGAAGGAAAAAGAGGCCAGAGCUAAAUUUAGACAGAUCGUGUCAGCGGUUCAGUACUGCCACCAGAAGCACAUCGUUCACAGAGACCUCAAGGCGGAGAACCUGCUCCUGGACGCAGACAUGAACAUCAAGAUAGCCGACUUCGGCUUCAGCAACGAGUUUACGAUGGGAAACAAGCUGGACACGUUCUGCGGCUCCCCGCCCUACGCCGCGCCAGAACUUUUCCAAGGGAAGAAGUACGACGGGCCGGAGGUGGACGUGUGGAGUCUGGGGGUGAUCCUGUACACGCUGGUCAGCGGCUCGCUGCCCUUCGACGGACAGAACCUCAAGGAGUUGCGGGAGCGCGUACUCAGAGGGAAGUACCGCAUUCCUUUCUACAUGUCCACAGACUGCGAGAACCUCCUGAAACGCUUCCUGGUGCUCAACCCAGCCAAGCGUGGUACUCUCGAGGUGAGGGAGGACGCAGAAAAUCAAAUCAUGAAGGAUCGCUGGAUCAACGCAGGCUUCGACGAGGACGAGCUCAAGCCGUACUUGGAACCUGAACUGGACAUCACGGACCAGAAGAGAAUAGAUGUGAUGGUGGGCAUGGGCUACAACCUGGAGGAGAUCCAGGAGUCUCUGGCCAAGAUGAAGUACGACGAGAUCACGGCUACCUACUUGCUGCUGGGCAGGAAGGCGUCUGAGCUGGAGCCCAGCGAGUCGGCCUCCAGCAGCAACCUGUCUCUGGCCAAGGCCAGACCCAACAGUGAGCUGAACGGCCAGUCGCCGUCACACCUCAAGGUCCAGAGGAGCGUGUCCUCCAGCCACAAGCAGAGGCGUUACAGUGAGCAAGCGGGCCAGAACGUGCCUCCGGGGAUGGCCCACCCCAAGAGGAGUCAGACCAGCACGGCAGACAACGCCGGCAAGGACGAGGGCGGGGUCCAGCUGCGUAAACCCGGCACCCACGGGAGCCGCGGUGCCCCGCCCGCCAGCCCCCUGCUGGGCAACGCCAACAACCCCAACAAGGCCGACAUCCCCGACCGCCGGAAAGGAGGAACCACCGGCCCAACCAACACCACGGCCUCGGCCGGCAUGACCCGGAGGAACACGUACGUGUGCAGCGACAGGAACAACGCUGAGCGUCUCUCCGUCAUCCCCAACGGCAAGGAGAACAGCAUGACUGAGAUGGCUUGUGCCACUAGCCCCUCUUCUUCUGCCUUUGCCGCCGCCGCGUUCGGCGCCUCGUCCAGCUCGGUGCGGCUGACGCACCAGGCCGCCGGCCCGCUGUACGCUAGCAAGGCGGGCUGGGCCACGCUGCCCCACUCCUACUACGCUCUGGACUACUGCUCGCCCAACGUGGCCGUGUCCCCCGGCGGCCAGAGGAACCCGGUGGCGUCCACCCACAGCAUCUCCAACAGCACCACCCCGGACCGGCUCCGCUUCCCCCGGGGCACGGCCAGCCGCAGCACCUUCCACGGCCCGCAGCUGAGGGACCGCCGCACGGCCACGUACAACGGCCCGCCGGCCUCGCCCACGCUCUCCCACGACACCACCCCCCUGUCCCAGACCCGCAGCCGUGGAACCAGCACCCUCUUCUCCAAGCUCACAUCCAAGCUCACGCGCAGAAACAUGUCAUUCAGGUUUACCAAAAGAGUCUCAACCGAGUUUGAGAGAAACGGGAGACUUGAGGGCUCAAGUCGCCAUGUACCUGGGGAUCAAAAAGGGGAAAAUAAAGACGGUAAACCCCGCUCCCUCAGAUUCACUUGGAGUAUGAGGACGACCAGCUCCAUGGAGCCUUGCGAUAUCAUGCGGGAGAUUCGCAAGGUCCUCGACGCCAACAACUGCGACUACGAACAGCAAGAGAAUUUCCUGCUUCUUUGCGUCCACGGAGACGGGCGAGCGGAAAACCUGGUGCAGUGGGAGAUGGAGGUUUGCAAGCUGCCCAGACUCUCCCUCAACGGCGUCAGGUUCAAAAGGAUAUCAGGAUCAUCGAUCGCUUUCAAAAAUAUUGCUUCCAAAGUUGCCAACGAGUUAAAGCUAUGAACAAAAGGGUUUAAAAUUAUACAUUUAUAAAUAUAUAUAUUGAGAGGUAUUUAAGCUGUACAAUCAUCCAAGUAGCAGUUUCCAAAUGUCUCCUUUUUUAAACAAGAUACAGAGUAUGUAUUGAAUAUUAUAAUGUAUAGAUAAUGGCUUUUGGCAAUAAUCACUGAGUUACCUACUAAUAUCUGUUCUGACCACGCGGGUCAGCAUUAACAAGCCGAGUAUGAUUUGUCAUGCUGUGAAUGUUGACAAAAAGACAAAAAAAUUCUGGUCUUAUUUAUUUCAUUAUUUUUCCUCUCUCCUGUAAGAAGGAAGAUGUAGCGUUCUGUUUUCUUUGUAAAUAAUGUAUGUUACUUUCAAGAUGGCUUCACCAUACUAAUUCUUUUCCCUUUUUUUUGUAUUUUGUUAAAAGUAGAGAUGAGUCCAUGUAAAUGCCCACAUGGUUAAGGGUCACUCAUGUCUCGAUUAAAGUGUCUGUCGACUUGAAA